AGCGGGCAGCGAGUGCAGACGGGCAGGGGAGCGGCUCUGGGGCAGACGGACGCAGGGAGAAAGAGGCCCAGACGGGGCGAGUGCAGGCCAGGGCCAGGCAGCCCAAGGGGAGGCCGGGGCAGAGCGUGGGAGCAGGCGUAGGGCACAGGGCAGGGCCGCGGGGAUGAACUUUGCGGUGGGAUUCAAGCCCAUGCUGGGGGACUCGCACAGCAUGGACAGCCUGGAGAAGCAGCUGAUCUGCCCCAUCUGCCUGGAGAUGUUCAGCAAGCCCGUGGUCAUCCUGCCGUGCCAGCACAACCUGUGCCGCAAGUGUGCCAACGACAUCUUCCAGGCUUCCAACCCACUGUGGCAGUCGCGGGGCUCGAGCUCAGUGUCGUCGGGGGGGCGGUUCCGGUGCCCCUCCUGCCGCCACGAGGUCGUCCUGGACCGGCACGGCGUCUACGGGCUGCAGCGCAACCUGCUCGUGGAGAACAUCAUCGACAUCUACAAGCAGGAGUCGACCAGGCCCCUGCACGCCAAGGCAGAGCAGCAGCUGAUGUGCGAUGAACACGAGGAUGAGAAGAUCAACAUCUACUGCCUGAGCUGCGAGGUGCCCACCUGCUCCCUGUGCAAGGUGUUCGGGGCCCACAAGGACUGCGAGGUGGCCCCGCUGCCCAGCGUCUACAAGCGCCAGAAGAGCGAACUGAGCGACGGCGUCGCCAUGCUGGUGGCUGGGAACGACCGCAUCCAGGCCAUCGUGACCCAGAUGGAGGAGAUCUGCAAGGCUAUCGAGGAGAACAGUCGGCGGCAGAAGCAGCACCUGAGCCAGCGUUUCGACUCCCUCUACAGCACCCUGGAGGAGCGCAAGAAGGAGCUGGUGCAGCGCGUCAGCCGGGAGCAGGAGGAGCGGGUCAGCCACGUGCGCUCCCUCAUCCGCCAGUACGGGGAGCACCUGGAGAGCUCCGCCAAGCUGGUGGAGUCGGCCAUCCAGGCCAUGGAGGAGCCCCAGAUGGCCGCGUACCUGCAGCAAUCCAAGGAGCUGCUUAAAAAGAUCACGGACACGUCGAAGGUGUCAAUGAGUAGCCGCCCGGAGCCCGGCUACGAGAAGAUGGACCACUUCUCUGUCAAUGUGGACAACCUGGCCGAGAUGCUGAGAACCAUUGAAUUCCAGACAGACUCGCAGGGUGAGGAUGACAUGGACGGGUUUGCGGGCGGGGAUGGAGGAGACGCUGGAGCCGACGAGGACAGGCCGGAGGGGCCAGAGGCGCUAGAGGGGGCCGAAGCAGUGGGGCCCAGGCAGAAGCCAGCGAGCUCCCUGCAUGGUCAGCACUGAGAGCCGGCAAUGCAGGAAGAGCCCACGAGUGAGACCCCCAGGACGUGGUGUCAUCAGCGACUGAUUUCCCCAGCCGAGACCCUGCGUUCCUGGCCCUUCUCCCCCGGCCGAGACCCUGCAUUCUUGGCCCUUCUCCCCCGGCCGAGACCCUGCGUUCCCAGCCCCUUCUCCCCCGGCCGAGACCCUGCGUUCCCGGACACUUCUCCCCCAGCCGAGACCGUGCGAUCCCGGCCCCUUCUCCCCCGGCCAAGACCCUGCGUUCCUGGCCCUUCUCCCCCCGGCCAAGACCCUGCGUUCCCCGCCCCUUCUCCUCCGGCCGAGACCCUGCGUUCCCGGCCCCUUCUCCCCCGGCCGAGACCCUGCCUUCCCGGCCGCUUCUCCCCCAGCCGAGACCGUGCGAUCCCGGCCCCUUCUCCCCCGGCCGAGACCCUGCGUUCCCCGCCCCCUCUCUCCCGGCCGAGACCCUGCGUUCCCGGCCCCUUCUCCCACGGCCGCGACCCUGCGUUCCCGGCCCCUUCUCCCCCGGCCGCGACCCUGCGUUCCCGGCCCCUUCUCCCCCGGCCGCGACCCUGCGUUCCCGGCCCCUUCUCCCCCAGCCCCUUCUCUCCUGGCUGCGACCCUGUGUUCCCGGCCCCUUCUCCCCUGGCCGCGACCCUGCGUUCCUGGCCCUUCUCCCCCAGCCGCGACCCUGUGUUCCCGGCCCCUUCUCCCCCGGCCGAGACCCUGCGUUCAUGGCCCUUCUCCCCCGGCCGAGACCCUGCGUUCCCGGGCCCUUCUCCCCCAGCCCCUUCUCUCCUGGCCGCGACCCUGCGUUCCCGGCCCCUUCUCCCCCAGCCGCGACCCUGUGUUCCUGGCCCUUCUCCCGCAGCCGCGACCCUGUGUUCCCGGCCCCAUCUCGAACCCACCCCCCAGCUAAGUCCCUGCCACGUUCCUGGCCACCUUCCCUCAGGUUUUCUAUAUUCCAAGAAUAAUGGAAUUUUGUUUGUAAUUUUGUUAAAAGCAUGUGAAAACC